AUGACUUGUGUUUUAUCCGUGACAUCUAUUCAUACAUUUAGUACAGAUAAUGUGGAAAUAGACAGAGAGUGUUGUGAGACAAUAUGCUUUGAUAGAUUAAGUGCUCAAAAUGAACAUUUAAGUCCAACCAUGUGUUGCAAAUGCUUAAAUAAAUACCAAACAGACGACAAAAAUGGUCGAUCGAUAUUCUACCGCAGUGAAAUAUCAAAUGAACGUCUACAAGCAGUUGAGUAUCAAAAUUAUAAAAAAACAUGUUUUGAAGAUUGGCGGAAUAAUUUUUUUCAAAGGAAUCGGAAAAAUAAAACACCAGUAACUUCCUCAGAUCAAACGCAUUCCAAACACGUGGUUGAAGACUGCAAUAAAACGGGCCCUGAAACAACAAGUUUGAAUGCCAGUCCCAAGCAUGGAAUCAAAAGAAAAUUUGAACUUACUACAUCAGAAGAAGAGUAUGUAUCACCUAAACGAGUUUCACCAUAUUAUAAUACACAAAAGGAACGGAAAGACGACCGGAAAAAGAUUCUGAAAAUGUCAAUAAAGAAGCUGAAAGACUUAGACGAUCCAGAGACUUUCCUAAGAAGAACAGUGCUUGUUAAUAACACAAUGAAGCGCUUGCAAGUAGACUUACAAGAAGAGCAUGAACAAACAAAGGGUUUUAAAAGUUUAAGACGAUACGGUGUACCGGGAAACAUGUGCAAGUCAGACCUUUAUUUUAUUUGAUGAUCCUUUCCUUAGUGGUGUUAAUGAGAAAAUAACAGACGAUAUGACCGACACACUCAUUAGUAAUGUUUUUUGAAAAUGAAAGUGACGAAAGAACAAAUGAGCUAGCUGAAUGUGAAAGUUCAGAAAUUGUGAAUGAAACUAAGUGUGCUGAUACAAGUACACAACUCGCUGUGGAUUCACGAUUAGACCAUUCCUCAGGUGUUUCUGGAGAACGUUUAGAUAUGUUUUGCAAGAAUGACCGUGUUGAACAAACUGAUUAUCAAUUAUCCUAGCGUAGGAGGA